AUGCUGAGGCCGAGUUUGAGAAGCAAAUACAAGCCUUAUACAACACUAGGAAAGCAGUUUUUGAACUUAAGAAUGAGUGUGAAGGGAAAACCAGAGAAUGCCAAGUUUUUGAAAUCCUACCCAGUUUCGAAUGCAGAUGAAUGCAAGUGGAUUGGGCUUGAAAGACUCGAGUAUUUGGACCCUAAUGGAACCCAGAGACAAUGGGACAGUGCAGUCAGAAGAACUAGAAAUAGUGGCGGGAUUGACGGAGUUGGGAUUUUGGCGAUAUUGCGUACGCCAGGUAAGGAACCGGAGAUUUUGCUUCAGAAACAAUUUAGACCUCCCGUAGAAGGGGUUUGCAUUGAAAUGCCAGCUGGGCUUAUCGACGAAAACGAGUCGGUCGACGUGGCGGCUUUGCGUGAAUUGAAGGAGGAAACUGGAUACUCGGGAAAGAUAGUUAGCAAGACUCCCGUUAUCUUCAACGACCCAGGUUUUACCAACACCAACCUAUCGUUGGUAACCAUUGACAUUGAUACAUCAGCUCCAGAAAACCAGAAUCCACAAACGGAUCUCGAGGAAAACGAAUUCAUCGAGUCCUUCAAGGUUCCGUUGAAACAUUUUGCCUCUGAGAUGGAAAAGCUAGCUGGACAGGGUUACAAGCUCGAUGCUCGUGUACAAAAUGUUGCACAAGGAAUAAGACUUGCUCAACAGUAUAAACUGUAA